AUCGCCGGACGUAAAUCCGGAGAGGACCGACUGCUGUGCCGCUCGUCUGUCGGGGUCUGGAAUGGCCGGAGUGGAAGGAGGGCGCUGUGUUGCACUGGCAGGGACCGGAUGAGGUCCUAGGUCCUUAACUAGACUCUUCUCUCCUCCCUCCCGCCCCUUAUCGUCGGAUCCCUCGAAGCCGAGACGGUGUUUCCAGCGGGCCACUUUGCGUGUGACACCGGCACUGGCGCCCGCGAGGCCCGCGCUUUUCAGGCGCCAGUUUUUAACCCCCGCGAAGGUUCUCCGCUUUAGGAAGAGGCUGCUCGGUUCCUUCUAUCCGGCGGUGGUGCUUUCCUGAAUGUCGAAAUGCCGUAGCAAAGAUGGGCCUACUGGGGGCUAACCAAGCCGUGCAAUCCACUGCGUGCAAGGUAUGGCAAAACCACAGUGUUAGGAGAUCACUGAAAUUGGAUCAUCUACUAGAAGCAAAUUCAUUUAAUUCUUCAAAAAUCACAAGGAAGAAAAGUAUUAGAACUUAUUCUCCAACAACUGGAACUUGUCAAAUGAGCCCAUUUGGUGCUUCUGCAAGCUCUGAAGAACAAGAGCACAAAAAUGAACCAUCAAACGAAAAGAGGAAAAAACUGAACCACCUCAGUUUAACCAAAAGGAAGGAAUCUACAACAAAAGACAAUAAUGAAUUCAUGAUGUUGCUAUCUAAAGUUGAGAAAUCAUCAGAAGAAAUCAUGGAAAUAAUGCAAAAUUUAAGCAGUAUACAGGCUUUGGAGGGCAGUAGAGAGCUUGAAAAUAUCCUUGGUAUCUCCUGUGCAUCCUGUUUCUUACAAAGAGAAAUGCGGAAAACGAAAGAGCUAAUGAUAAAAGUAACAGAACAAAAACUGUUCGAAAAGAAGUGUUCAGAAUUUUCCAACAAAGGCAUUAGAAGAAAUGUGCCCACUCUGAACACCAACUUCGUCUGCAUCUGCCUGACCGUAUUUAAAGGAACAGAAACGUCUGUAAUUAAUCUGCCCAGUAAAUACCAGAUCAGAGCACUAGGCAGGUGUGUGUCUAGAUAAAAUUUCUUGCAGCUAAUUUAAACUUUCUACACACACCAGUGGAUAAUCUCAAUGUAAAUAAUACAUUUCUCCUGGACCCUUUAAUGUGAGCCAACAUGCAGGAGAGGAUAUUAACUUCUGUUCUCUGUCACAUACACGUCUGUGUACUUUUAGCUUUUAUAGAUAGAUUUGAAGCAUUUAUGAAAAGAGCACCUUUGGUAAAAGUGUAGGUUUUAAGACUCAGAUUAAAUUUAAUGAGUAGAAGUAGGUACCACUUUCCCAUUGAAAGCCCCAGAUGCAUAUUAGAUUCUUUUUAAACUUUUUAAAUUUUUCUAUGAGUUUAUUAUGUAGCCACUAUCUCAGGGAUGAGUUUUUCUACUUUACCUAUUUCUAUGCUAGUAUAGAAAAACUAUUUUCAAAGUUUUAAAAUUGUCACACCUUCUUUUAUAAAAUAGUGGAAUGCAUUUUUCAGUACAAAUAUAUUUUUAAGUAGGAAGUUAUUCUUAAACUGAAUUAUACAGACUCUACUGAAUUUAAAGAGAUCUUUCUUAUGGGUCAGUAUGUGAUCCCCUCAAAAUUACUUUGGAGCAUUAAGUUUCUAUUUUUCUAUGGUGUUCUUUUGUAUCAUCGUCGCACUGUCACAAAAUUAAAGGGAAGAGGGAAUCACAGGAUGUGUUAUAACUUGGGUAACAUGGUUUUUUAAAACCUCUAUUUUUCUUUGAUUAUCUCUACAAGGGAAAAAGUGCCAUUCCCUUGGUACUUGCCCUAAGUCUUGAUAAAAUUUGUAUAUUAUGGUAUCAUGUAAAUAAAAAUACUAUAUGAAAAUCUAAAACAAAAUUUAAGUUUGAAAAUAACUGAUUUUCCAGUUAGAGAAAUUUCAGAUUUACCUCUUAAAAUGAAAAUGAGUUUUUAAAAACUAUUAAAUGACAUAGAUACUAAAUAGUAACUCAAUUAACUAUUAAAUCGAAUUCCCUUCACUAAUGAUUUUAUUGGUACUACAUAAGAUUUUAAAGAUAAUCUAACAAAAAAAUAAAAUAAAAUAAAUAAAAUAAAAUAAAAUAAAGAUAAUCUAACAAAUAUUAAGAACACUUUGUGAUACACAGUCCUUAUAAUAGGACAUUACCUAAAAUAUACCAAAAUGAUAA